AUGGUUUUGUUAGGGGAAAUGCAAAUCAAACUCUGUUUAUUAGACAUUUGCAUCCUGUCCGAAUUUGAGAUGAGCAUGAUAGGUGAUCUUUCAUUUUUCCUAGGAUUACAGAUCAAACAGUUAUCCACUGGAAUCUUUAUUUCCCAGUCGAAAUAUACUCUUAACAUGUUAAAAAAAUUUGGUCUAGAUCAUUCUAAGCAUGCUAGAACUCCUAUAGGCACAACCUCUAAGCUUACUAGAGACAUGUUAGGCAAACUUGUAGAUCCAACACUUUUUCAUAGUAUGAUAGGGAGUCUUCUUUAUUUGACCGCUAGUAGACCUGCCAUUUGUUUUAGUGUUGGUUUGUGUGCUAGAUAUCAGUCCACUCCCACUGAGUCUCAUCUUACAGCUGUUAAGAGAAUAAUGAAAUAUGUGGUUGGUACAGUUGAAUUUGGUCUGUGGUACACAAAUGAUUCCAAUAUGUCAUUAGUAGGAUAUAGUGACUCAGAUUGGGCUGGAAAUUUAGAUGAUCGUAAGAGUACAUCUGGAGGGUGUUUUUAUCUGGGAAACAACCUUGUAUCUUGGCACAGCAAGAAACAAAACUCUAUUUCUCUUUCCACUGCUGAAGCCGAAUAUAUUGCAGCAGGCAGCUGUUGCACUCAAUUACUCUGGAUGAAUAAGAUGCUUGCUAAUUAUGGUUACCCUUAA